GCCUCCCUCGCCACCGCCCUUCCAGUGCCAGAGCCGCCCGCCUAGGCCGUCGGCGCCCGCGCCCCGCGCCACCCAGCUGCCGACGCCCCCGGGCCGCGCGCAAACUUUCCGGCCGGCGGGCGCGGGCGGCGGCGGGGCCCGGAUGGGCACCCGGGGCGGUGGCCGCGGCGCCCAUGGACGCUAACCGCCCGGGCGCGUUCGUGCUGAGCAGCGCGCCGCUGGCCGCACUGCACAACAUGGCAGAGAUGAAGGCGUCGUUGUUCCCGUACGCGCUGCAGGGCCCCGCCGGCUUCAAGGCGCCCGCGCUGGGCGGCCUGGGCGCGCAGUUGCCGCUCGGCACCCCGCACGGCAUCAGCGACAUCCUGGGGCGGCCCGUGGGCGCGGCGGGCGGCAGCCUCCUGGGCGGCCUGCCCCGCCUCAACGGGCUCGCAUCCUCGGCCGGCGUUUACUUUGGACCCGCGGCGGCCGUGGCGCGCGGCUACCCCAAGCCGCUGGCGGAGCUGCCUGGGCGCCCGCCCAUCUUCUGGCCCGGCGUGGUGCAGGGCUCGCCCUGGAGGGACCCGCGUCUGGCCGGCCAGGCGCAAGCCGGCGGGGGCCUGGACAAGGACGGCAAGAAGAAGCACUCGCGACCGACCUUCUCCGGCCAGCAGAUCUUCGCUCUGGAGAAGACUUUCGAGCAGACCAAGUACCUGGCGGGCCCGGAGCGCGCGCGGCUCGCUUACUCCCUGGGCAUGACCGAGAGCCAGGUUAAGGUGUGGUUCCAAAACCGCCGGACCAAGUGGCGCAAGCGGCACGCGGCCGAGAUGGCGUCGGCCAAGAAGCAGCAGGACUCCGACGCCGAGAAGCUGAAGGUGGGCGACUCAGACGCGGAGGACGACGACGAGUACAACAGGCCUCUGGAUCCCAACUCGGACGACGAGAAGAUUACGCGGCUGCUCAAGAAGCACAAACCCUCGAACUUGGCGCUGGUCAGCCCGUGUGGCGGCAGCGCGGGGGACGCAACCUGAGGACGCGGCGGCCAGGCCAGAGCAACCAGGGUACGGGGCACCGGGCGGCGCCCCGACGUGAGCCGCCCGCGCCAGAGUGUGUAUAUAUAUUUUUGCAGAAUAAGUUAUAAAGCAGCCCAGCUUGGGCUUAAAUGUUCUGGGACAGUUCCUCUGCUUGGACGUCCUGCGUGGAAUCACUUUGUAUAAUCAAUAAAUUAUUUAACACGCCC